CUGUUGUUUCUUGCGUACUACCACAUCGACGAUUUUUUUCUCCAUUUUCCGUUGCGCUCACAUGACCUUAGACUGUCAAAACGCAAGUUGACUUCUGCCAUGGGCCGCUUCUCCUCGUACAGCCGCGCCAACACGUACUACACGGGCCACGGGCGGUGGCGGCGGCCGGUGGAGAUCAUCUACAAGACACACGCGAUGAAGGAAUACGGGCUGAGCGACGGCGACCUCGGGGAGCUCAGCCCGCUCAGCGCGGAGGUCAACCCGCGCAACAGCCGCCAGCGGGUCGUCGUGUACAACGAGGCGAAGGUCCGGGCGCUGGCGUUCAGGGUGCAGCAGCGGAAGGAGGUCAUGCGGUCGAAGGGGCUCUCGCCUGCUGAUCUGGACCGCCUCACGCCGGUCCGGACCGCGCCGAACCCACACGCGAACGCGACGGGCCCCACGCGCUUCUACAAGCGGUCUGACGUCGAGGCGCUCGUCAAGGAAAUUCGGCGCGAAACGGCCACGGCGCGGGAAGCCAUCGCGCAGGAUGUGGCUGUGUGCAAGGCCAAGGCCGACGACGAAGAACUGUGGGCCGCGUUUGACGCUGACGAUGGCGUCUUUGCGCUGGUGUAA